AUGGCCCUCAGCGAUGCUGACAAGCAAAAGCAGAUUAAGCACAUGAUGGCAUUUAUUGAACAAGAAGCCAAUAAGAAGGCAGAAGAAAUAGAUGCAAAGGCAGAAGAAGAGUUCAACAUUGAGAAAGGUCGUCUUGUGCAAACCCAAAGACUGAAGAUUAUGGAAUAUUAUGAAAAGAAAGAAAAGCAGAUUGAGCAGCAGAAGAAAAUUCAGAUGUCCAAUUUGAUGAAUCAAGCAAGACUGGAAGUCCUCAGAGCGAGAGAUGACCUUAUCUCGGGUUUAUACCAGCUGCCGGAGCUCCGAAUGAUUGUUCGUUGCCGGAAACAGUAUUUCCCUCUGGUAAAGGCUGCGGUGCAAAAAGCAAUCCCUAUGUAUAAAACGGCCACCACUCGAGACACCAAUCUCAAGCAUGGCAAGGAUACCAUGUUUGGUGGAGAGUCCGAGAAAACCCUCAAUGAGAUGGAUUAA